AUGGAGAGAUGGAAUGAAACUUCAACUGACUUCAUCUUGUUGGGGUUGUUUUCCCCUAAUCAGACUGGCCUGCUUCUCUUGCUUCUUAUCCUCCUCAUAUUCUUCCUAGCCUCAGUGGGCAACUCAACCAUGAUUCAUCUCAUACGCUUAGACCCCCGCCUCCACACACCAAUGUACUUCCUCCUCAGCCAACUAUCCCUCAUGGACCUCAUGUACAUCUCCUCCACUGUCCCCAAGAUGGCAUUUGACUUCUUCUCUGGUCAGAAAAGCAUCUCCUUCUUUGGGUGUGGUGUGCAGAGCUUCUUCUUCCUGACCAUGGCAUGUUCUGAAGGCUUACUCCUGGCUUCCAUGGCCUAUGACCGGUAUGUGGCCAUCUGCCAGCCUCUCCACUAUCCCAUCCGAAUGAGUAAAGGGAUGUGUGUGAAGUUGAUCAUAGGCUCUUGGAUCUUGGGAUCCAUCAAUUCCUUAGCACACACAGUCUAUGCCCUCCAUAUUCCUUACUGCAGGUCCAGGGUCAUUAAUCACUUUUUCUGUGAUGUGCCAGCCAUGCUGCUUCUGGCCUGUAUGGACACCUGGGUCUAUGAGUACAUGGUUUUUGUGAGCACAAGCCUCUUUCUUCUUGUUCCUUUCCUAGGAAUUACUGCUUCUUAUGGCCGAGUACUUCAUGCUAUCUACCAUAUGCGUUCAAAAGAGGGCAGAAAAAAGGCCUUCACCACCUGUUCAACACACUUAACUGUAGUGACCUUUUACUAUGCACCAUUUGUCUAUACCUACCUCAGGCCCAGGAGUCUUCGUUCACCAGCAGAAGAUAAAAUUCUGGCAGUGUUCUACACCAUCCUCACCCCCAUGCUCAACCCCAUUAUCUAUAGCCUGAGGAAUAAGGAAGUCCUGGGGGCUAUAAUAAGGGUCAGUCAACGUCCAUGUUCAGUAAUUCACACAGAUGACUUACAGGCCAAAAAUAGAUGUAACUGA